UGAAUAUUUAGCCCCCGGGGAGGGGGCGCGUUCUCGUCCACACACACACCCCUGACUGACCAGGCCCCGACGGCUAGCGAGUGUCGCUGGCCGCGGAUCACGGAGUCAUUCUGUUACAUCCAGGUCAGGCCAGGCAUCCCGGACACACGCUUCCACCUCGACAAAAACACGUCGCAUCGCCGCCCUCUCGUUCUCUCUUCUCCUCUUCUUCUUCUCUUCUUCUCUUCUCCUUCUUCUUCUUCUUCUCUUCUUCCCCCCUCUCAACCCCAUGUUUGCUUUCGCUUCAAAUAAUAACCAGCCCUUUUCCCUUCUCCCAGUUGAUCUCCGCUUCCUGGGGCUGUCAAUCUCUGUCUGAUGAGGCUGUCAGUUCCAUCAGCCGCACCAAGAAGCUCUCUUUUCUCUCUCUUUUCCUUCUCGUCUCUAAUGAGAUGAAGGCGCCAUUGGACCACCAUCCAGUCCGGUGAAAGACGACGAGGGAAUGUGCUGCUGACAUUCAUUCGUUUUGUUUCCUUUUUCCUUCGCCGCGAACCCGUUCGUCAGACCCCCCGUGAAUUCAGUUAUACCAGAAUCCACUCGCCAUGGGGCAAAGCAAGAUGCGCACAUCCACGCCCGGCGCACGACCUCCGUUUCGAUCGCUUCCGGCAUUCUUGCUUAUAGUUAUUUUAUUUCUCAAUCUACUUUCUCCCACCUCGGCCAGCCUCGUGCACGAUCAGGACCACGCGGGCAUUUUGCACCCGGAGAUCACCGCUUAUCCGGUUCCUUCAGCGGCGAUCGACGCCGAUCCGCUGACAAUCUCCCCUCCCGAUCUCAGAAAACGGUCCGAGACCGAUGACGAUGACGGCGAAUCCAACACUUCGACGCGAUCGCGGCAGACGUCUCCUACUGCUACAAUAACCGACUCUCCUGAAUCCUCUCCCUCUUCCCCGUCGACCUCGCGCCCGUCCGCCAUCCGUCCCUCCAUGUCUGGCUCUCCCAGCUCCGGGAUAAUCGCGUCCACUACCACCGUCCCCGACGGGCCGCUGCCCUCAGCGUUCGACACAAGCAUCGGUGGCAACGCCUUCUCCACCAAAUCCUGCACUCUCUUCUUCGAUGACUUCCUCGGCAACUCCACCUUCAAUGAAUGCCUCCCCCUCUCCCUGCUCCUCACCACCUCCACCUCCUUUUUCAACGCCGCCAAAUCCGUCGUCACACUCACCCGCGUCCUUGACGCCUCCUGCUCCGUCGACACCGCCAAAUGCACCGAGCUCCUGAGCCACUUCGGCAGAGAGGUCGGUUCCAAAGCAGCCUGCGACAAGGAUCUCGCUGCUGAAAACCCGCUGGUGCUCCAGGCCCGCAACGGCUUUGUCGCCUACAAGUUCGUGCACGACGCCACAUGCCUGAAAAACCCGGAUACAGGGAGCUAUUGUCUCGCUGACGCAGUGACCUCCGAGCAGGCCGCCGACGCUUUCAUCUACCACCUUGCCGUGGGCGCAGCGCUACCCGGCUCCACACGUCCGCAGUGCAAUAAAUGCCUCCAGGCCACGAUGGAGGUAUACUCGCAGGGCGCUGGCAUCGGAGAACAGCCCCUGUCUCUGACCUACAAACCGGCCGCCAAACAGAUUAAUAUCGGCUGUGGCCCGGGCUUUGUUUCCGAGAGCGUGAGAAGCGGGGCUGCCGCUCUGUCUGCGCUGCUUUCACGCUCUUUGUCGCUAUAUUACCUGAGCUUGCCGCUUACGCUCCUAGUUUUUGACGGCUUUGUAUGACACGCUAUUCCGCAUAAUACUCUUUUAUAUCUAUCUCUUUCCUUUCUUUCUCUCAUUCAACUACCCUUUUUUGAAACAUCCAACUUAAUUCUUCCCUCCCCCUUUUUUUUUUUCCCCUCCUUUGGCUUGGGUGAUGUACAUAUUUAUUAUGCCCUAAGCAAUCUCCCUACACGUGUUUCACAAAAAAAUAAACCCUUAGCAAUGGAGUUGGGGAGUGCUAAUGUCCUUACGCUUUUUGUUGUAAUUAUAUCUAUUCCGUGCUUGGCCCCAUUUUUCUUUUUUCUCCAAAUACUUCUUUUUGUUCUCUUUCUAUCCUUAGAUAUGCCUGUAUGUAAUACCUUAGAUAAAGCGCA